CUGGUUGAAGUGACAUGACGAAUUAGGAGCAGGUUUACUGUCAAGAGUCCAAUCCAGCGACUAAUCAGUCGAGGGAUGCGAAUAUUCUGAAAUCAUGCGAUCCUAAUGCAAAGAGGGAGAAAGAAGAUACUGAAAGUCUGAACCGUAAAUGAAUAUUAAGACCUCGAGGGCCCUGUGCUCAAUCUCUACUCUUGACAAUCCACAGUUAACUGUUAAAAACCCAAAAUAUCUCUGCUCCUAGAGAGACUAGUAGGCAGAAGAAACCUCCGCUGAAAUUCGACAGCUUCCGUUGGUAGUUCACUAUAUGGGUGUCUCAAAGUUUCUAUCUUUCGUUGAAUAAUUGCAUCACAAAACCGUGCUUUCACCAGUUCCUAAUUUCAUGCGGCUCUGUUGUUACUUCUAAAGAUUCUUCAAAAGUUUCCGGCAUGAUGGCACCAAACGUAUUCGUCGUUUCUUUACUUCUUCUAUUGAUUCCAGCAAGUGUUUCUCUUCAACUUAAUGAAGAAGAGGGUUUAAUCUUUGGGGCCAUAUCUGAAAAGGGUCUUGAUUAUGCCAAAGAUUUGCUGAUCCAUGAAGCUAUGUCCUCUAUUGUUGCACUUCAACUGCCGCAAAUUGAGAAGUCGGCCACAGUCAGACUCGUUGGUGAAUGUAAAAUAGUUCUUUCCAAUAUCACUUUUGUUGAUGUCAACAUAACUUCUUCAUACGUUAGGACUGGAGAGAAGGGAAUAGUUCUAAUUGCUUCUGGUGGAACAGCUAAUUUGAGUAUGAACUGGAGUUAUUCUUGCAGCACUUGGUUAUUGCCUGUUUCUGUUUCUGAUAGUGGUGACGCCUUUGUGGAGGUUAAAGGAAUGCAAGCGGGGAUGACUUUGAAUUUUGAGAACCAAGAAGGUAGUCUGAAGCUGAUUCUAUUAGAUUAUGGAUGUUUUGUGGGAGACUUGUCCAUAAGGUUGCAUGGUGGAGCAUCUUGGCUUUACCAAAGGAUAGCUGAUCUUUUUGAAGGGAAAAUAGCAUCUGCUGUUGAAGAUGCCAUUUCUGGAAAAAUAAGGGAAGGAAUAUCAAAGCUUAGCAGUUCAUUGCAGUCCCUGCCAAAAGAAAUAUCACUGGGCAAAACUGCUGUACUAAAUGUUUCUUACGUGAACAAUCCUGUGUUGACUAAUUCUUCUAUUGAGUUUGAAAUCAAUGGUCUAUUCACAAAGGAAAAUGAAAUUUUAAUUCCUCAAGGUUGCCACAGGGAACCAGAGACUUCCUUUUCCUGCGGGGGUUUGUCUAAGAUGAUCAAGAUUUCAGUGCAUGAAAAUGUGUUAAAUUCUGCUUCCUUGGUUUACUUCAAUGCAGGUUAUAUGCAAUGGAUGGUUGAUAAACUACCAGAUCAAGCCCUUUUGAACACAGCUGCAUGGAGAUUCUUAGUUCCUCAACUAUACGAGAAAUAUCCAAAUAAGGACAUGGAGCUUAAUAUCUCAGUAUCAUCUCCACCAACUAUAAAAGUGACCAACCAAGAUAUCAGCGCUACCAUUUUUGUAGAUAUAAUUGUCAAUGUUGAGAAUGCUGGUGAAGUUGCAUGUAUCUCAAUGGAGGUUAGUGCCUCAUGUUCUGCAGAAAUCCUCCGAAACAACAUUGCUGGUAGUCUCAGAUUGAAUGAUUUUUCCACAUACUUAAAAUGGAGCAAGAUAGGUCCUUUGCACAUGCAUCUGAUCCAGGUAGUAAUGUCAACUAUACUUAGAACCGCCUUGUUACCAUUUGUGAACUUGCUAUUAAGGGGAGGAUUUCCAUUGCCUUACCUCCAUGGUUUUGCACUCCAGAAUGCUCAUACCUUUUAUAAUGCUCCAUGGUUUGCAAUAUGUAGUGAUAUUUCCUUCUUAAGACGCUCCUAUCUCAGCAAGCUGCCAGGUUAUGUAUGAUAAAACCACUAUCUUAGUUAGCCAUGAUUUGUAUAGCAUCAUUAUUCCCAGUGUACAGAUAGCAGUCAUGUACAGGUAACAAUCAAUGCAGAAUAAACUGAAUUUUUGAGGGAAAUGCAUGGGAUAAAUUAUUUCCAA